UGGGUUCUUUUCUGGUUAAAUAAAAGGUAAAUAAAAACCUGCCUAAAAAUGGGAGUUAAGACAAGGUCAAGGUUCGCUCCACGACCUCCGGACCAUCAAACACCCACAACAAAGCAACAUUUGAUUUAAGACAUUUAGGAUUUUUGGAUUUCUGCUUUUACUCCUCCUGGUCAAUUUCUGCGGGAAUAGCACACAACUCCUUAUAUGGACUUCCUGGGAGGGGGGGGUGUUUAUAGGUCACAUGUUCAUGCUUCGCCUUCUUAUUGGUUGUUGAGUCAAAUAAAUGAUUCAUUUUAGAUUGCGUAUUUAAAAAAAAAACACAAGAGUAGCGAUAAUUGUGCAAAAGUCACAAAAUAGAUUUGUUUUCUUUUAUUUUUAUUCAUAAAAACGAAUCAAGGGAACUUUGAACUGUGAUGUAUUUAAAACAUUUCUUUUCAAUUCAAUCCGAUUUGAAAGUGUUUUGGUUUUUUGAGCAUUUUUUGCUUAGGUGUGUUUAUAAAGAUAUAUAUAACCCUAACCCUCGAGGUUGUGCUGACAAAAAGACACAUUCUUAUAGCCCCUGUAUAAACAUUUGAACAUAUUAAUGGAAACUAACGGUAAAUAAUACAACAAAUUAUUUAAAGGAUUUUUGUUUGUUUGUUUUAUUAGCAGAGCGUGCAGUUCUCGCUGAGAUUUGGACGCUCGCUCUUACUAGAAACAUAAAAACACAGACGUUAGAAGAAGAAAAAAAGGCAGAAAGUUCCCAGUGACAGUGAAAUAUUGUCUGAGAAGCAGCAGCCGUGCUUCUCUCUGUGACUCACUAAUGUCGUCUCUUAACAGCCAAAUAUAAAUAGUACGCCCAGGACUAUAUAACCUUAUGUGCUUCGAUCAAAGGUCACGGCAGGUGCUGAGACAGGUGAUUGUCUUUGGGUGGAGCGUCUUGCUCGGGCUCGGGUGGUGGUCACCAACACUGUCAUUCAUGUGUGUGUGUGUGUGUGUGUGUGUGUGUGUGUCUGUGAUAGUAUCCAAGUGGAAAUCUCCCAUGUUACUGUGCUUGUGAGUUCAAAGGACACACAAGCCCUGCCCUUGAGUGUGUUCCUGCGAGAGCGCAGCAGCAGUAGCAGCAGCAGUAGCAGCAGCAGCAGCAGCAGCAGCAGCAGCAGCAGCAGCAGCAGCAGCAGCAGCAGCAGCAGCAGCAGCAGCGUUCUUUAUCUGGUGGAGGUUCUGCUGCAAGUCGGCCACUGCAGCCUCGGUCAGCCUAGGAAUCACUUUCUUCUGCUGGAGCUCGUCCACAGACCACAGCCAACAUGCCUAAGACGGUCAACGUUCGCGUCACCACCAUGGACGCAGAGCUGGAGUUCUCGUUCCACCCGUCCACCACAGGGAAGCAGCUCUUCGACCAGGUUACAAGGACCAUCGGACUCCGUGAAGUUUGGUACUUUGGGCUCCAUUUCGUCGACAUCAGAGGACUCACCUCAUGGCUGAACUUUGAAAAGAAGGUAAUGUCCCAGGACGUGAAGAAGGAGGUUCCUCUGCAGUUCAAACUGAGGGCCAAGUUUUACCCGGAGGACGUGGCUGAGGAGCUGAUCCAGGACAUCACCAGGAGACUCUUCUUCCUGCAGGUGAAGGAGGACAUUCUGACCGAGGACAUCUACUGUCCUCCCGAGUCUGCCGUGCUGCUCGCCUCCUAUGCCGUCCAGGCCAAGCACGGAGAGUACAACAAGUCAGUGCACCACUCGGGUUACCUGUCCACCGAGCGCCUGCUGCCCAAAAGAGUUCUGGAACAACAUAAGCUAUCCAAGGAGCAGUGGGAAGAGAGAAUCCUGGGCUGGCACAAGGAGCACGGAUCCAUGCUCAAGGAGGAGGCCAUGCUCGAGUAUCUGAAGAUUGCUCAGGACCUGGAGAUGUACGGCGUCAACUACUUUGAGAUCAAGAACAAGAAAAACACGGACCUGUGGCUCGGAGUCGACGCCCUGGGACUUAACAUCUAUGGGAAAGACGACAAGCUGACUCCAAAGAUCGGAUUCCCCUGGAGUGAAAUUAGAAACAUUUCUUUCAGUGAUAAGAAAUUUGUCAUCAAACCCAUCGACAAGAAAGCUCCAGAUUUUUUAUUCUACGCUCCGCGGCUGCGAGUCAACAAACGCAUCCUGCAGCUGUGCAUGGGAAACCACGAGCUGUACAUGCGCCGCCGCAAGGCCGACAGCAUCGAGGUUCAGCAGAUGAAGGCUCAGGCCAAAGAGGAGAGGCUGCAGAAGAAGAUGGAGAGGGAUCUGCUGGAGAGUGAGAAGAAGAAGAGGGAGCUCAUCGAGAAGGAGAAGGAGCAGAUGGAGACUGAAAAGCGGGAGAUGAUGGAGAAGCUUUACCUGUUUGAAGAGACAACCAAGAGGACAGAGAGAGAGCUUCAGGAGCAGCUGGACCGGGCCAGAAAGCUGGAAGAAGAGAGGCGGAGGGUGGAGCAGGAGGCAGCCCGGCUGGAGACUGAGAGGAUGGAGGCCAUUAUCGCCAAGGAGGAGCUGGCCAGGCAAGCUGAGGACCAGCUCAGGAGCCAGGAGCAGCUGGCUACAGAACUGGCCGAGUACAGCGCCAAGAUCUCCCUGCUGGAGGAGGCUAAGAGAGUCCAGGAGGAGGAGGCUGAGAUAUGGCACUGCAAGGCCAAGGAAGUGGAGGAGAACCUGCUGAAGACGAAGGAGGAGCUGCACUUUGUCAUGACCACCGCAGCCGUGGCUCCCGCACCUGCUCCUCCCGCUUCCUCCUCCUCUUCUUCCUCCUCCGACAGCGAGAGCGACCACGAGCACAGCGAGGAGAACAGCACCUACAGCGCCGAGCUGCACUCGCAGAGCAUCAACAACCUCCACCACCAGGAGGAAGAGGAGAGGAUCACUGAGGCCGAGAAGAACGAACGCCUGCAGAGGCAGCUCAUGGCCUUGAGCUCAGAUCUGGCAGAAGCCCGUGACGAUAACAAGAAGACCAAGGACGAUCUUCUCCACGCCGAGAACGUCCGAGCCGGUCGUGACAAAUACAAGACGCUGCGUCGGAUCCGUCAGGGAAACACCAAGCAGAGGAUCGAUGAGUUUGAGGCUUUGUAGAAACUUCAGACACUCAAAGAUCUCGCUCUCUCUCUCUCUCUCUCUCUCUCGCUCUCUCUCUCUCUCUGAAUUACCUCAUUUCUCCGUCCCAUUCCUACAGCUUUUAAUUUAAAGUGUGAUGUUAAUGCAGCCACAGCCAGAAAAAAAAGACCCAGAAAAACAUGGAGCUGAUAUUUCUAAUUGUUGGUUUUUAUCAGUUAAACUUUGUUUUAUGUUUUUCUUUCUUUGUAGCCAUCAAACAUCUCCAAUAUUCUGUGAAGUCCAAUAUAAACAUGCUCCAAUGUAAACAUACUGUAAACAUGCCAUAAAGCUAAUUAAAUACAUUUCAUGGAGUAAAUAUAACAUAUGGUAACCACGUAUAGAGCUGCAACUCAUUAUUAUUUUAUGUGUCAAAUGAUUUCAUUUCUCUGAUUAUUUGUUUUAGCUAAGUGAGAAAAGUCAUACUAUAUUACCAAAACAUUAAUACAAUAAAAUAUAGAUAAACACCAAAUUCGGACUUUUCAGAGGCUGAAACAAAGAGAUUUUGGUGUUUUGUUUUUUGCUUCAUAAAUGAAUAAGUUAAUGAAUUUAAAGUGAUUAAUUUUCUGUCAAUCAAUCGUCUACUGCCCCCUACCUCAACUCUCUUAUGUAACCUACUUUAUAAUAAUGUUUAAAUUCAUUGGCUUUAUGAUUGAUUUUACAUGAUCAAGGCUUUAUAUGCAGAGUUUCUUUUAAUCUCCUGAAACCUGACUUUUUGUUUGGAAUGCAUUUUUACUCCUAAAUGUCUAAAAUGUCUAUGAUAAAUAUGAUCUAAUAUAAAGUAUAUAAAGUAUAAAAAACUGUAUAAUACAAUGAAGCCAAAACAAAUCUAAAACUGUGAAAAGAAUAUACAUUUAUUUUAACGCAUCAAAGGAACAACACACACAUGCUUUUAGAACAUGGCUGUGCAAAAUAAAAGAGUAAGCGGUUCAA